AUGGGUCAUCAAUGGCGAUAUCUUCCGGCCGAGGACGCCAUCUCUCUGGCCGGUUCGGAUGGUUCAGAGCCUUCUAGCGAAACUGAGGAAGCCACGGUUUGUACUGUACACUUUGGUGUGUUAGUCGCAGGAUAUGCGGUGGAGCAUGUUACUGUUGACCUCUCCUUUCCGGCUGUUCUAACCGAGGUGCUUCCGGCUGUGCAACGCGCUCGGAAUACGCCUGCCUCCGAGGAUUUUCCCUGCCUUCUAGCCGUCGACCCUCAGCCUUGUGUAGGGGUUGGGGUCCUCUUGGGGCUCGCACCUUGGCAGCUUGUGGAGAACAUCAUAUGCCUCAAUUUGCUCCCUUUCGAUGGCCGUCUCUUCCAGGUUUCCGCCCCGGUCUAUCUCUCUCGCACAGACAUUCUUUCCUUGGCGGAUGUGCUCCCAAGUCUAGGGGUCAAUGUCUUUGUUGGUAGUGACCUUGUGCCACUGGCGGAGGGCGUGCACUGCCAGACACGUGCAGGUAUGACCAUUACGAUCACUCCGCCGGAUGAGCCACUGCCCACCCCCUUCUCCCUGCCGCAUCUCUUGAGAUCGCGUUUCGCUUGGAGUGAUAGGGAUUCGCUUCCGGGCCUUCCGGAAGCAGACGCAUACUGUCUUGUCACAGAGUAUGAGACCGUUUUGUUCAUUUCCGAUCCGAGAACACCUACGGAAUAUCGCAGACAGAUUGCUAACUGUCUUGGUAUUUCUCUUGCUACGCUGCGUCUUACACCUGCGUCUCCGCGGGCUCUCAACGCCGCGGUCGAGGGGCUUGCUUGCCGCACCGUCAUCGCAGUCUGUGAAGCCUCUGCUCUGCAAGACAGCCUCUGCCACUGUGUGCUUCUCGAUCAACGUCCGCUGGCAUCUGGGUGGAGAACUGUCUUUGCUUUCCGUGGUCAUGUUUUCUGUCCUGCGCUCCUUGCGGAUCUUCGGGAACUAGCGCCAGCUGGCUACCUCCCUUUCCUGGAUGGGGUGCCUGCAGAACAGACCCAUCUGCCUACCAUUGAGGGGCAGGUCCUUGUUGUCCGUUUGGCUCCAGUCGCACGUGCUGCACCUUCUGAGACUCCCCCAAACUCAGUGCCUGCUGAGGCGUUUGAUGCGAUGUCUCCUGAGACUGCCCCUGGUCCUAACACGGGAACCUCGGGGGUCCAGUCCCCGUCUGCUGAUGUCGUGCCAGCCUCCUUUGCAGGUACCUUUGCAUCUACUAGAGGUGGCCGCGGGGAUGGUACCCCCCCACACGGAGAUGAGCCGCCAAUGCCAUUAGAUCCGGACCAGAGGGGUAUAGUUCCUUCUUUUCACAAUCUCGCCUUUGCCAUCCUUGUGCCCGACUUCUUGCCUGAGCUUGUCUCUGUUCGGGUUGUUGUCCCGGCCGACUUGCACAGUACUUUGGCCUUGGUUUCUGCGGGUCGAUUGCCCUUGAGGCGGCUUCGUUUCCCCAGGCUGAUUCCGGUAAGGUUCCAGACUAUGCAAGGGAUCGCAUUAUUGGUUGCAGCCCCCGUCUGGCCGCACAGCGGCGUUACCAUUGCUAUCGACUGUAGGGCGCUCAAUGGCCGCCUUUUUGCAGUCAGCACUCCGGCGUCUCUCGAGGUGACGGCUCUGUUACGCCUUGCCCGAGUACCUAAUGAAGACAGGCCGCUUGUCUUUGUGGGGGAUACGCCUUGGCCGGUCGACAAUGCGGGAAGGGUUAGGCUCUCUGAGGGGGAUGUUGUGCAAAUACUCCCCCGAGUCCAUGACCCCUUGUCUGUCACCACCCUAGCAUCCAUGCUUCAGGAUGCGGCUUGCUGGGAUGCCGACCGCGCUGCGGCACCUGCUCCGGAUGACUUUGCACGGCUUGGCUCCGCUGUAAGUACAGUGCUCUCGGCAGACUCGCGGAUAUAUGGGGCCCCUGGCCUCCAGUCGGAAUGCUGUUUCUUGGACCUUCGCCCCAUUCAACUGGGCAUUGCGCGCUAUCAGGUCAUUGGCGAAUGGCUUGAUGAAGCUGCUCUCCGAGCCCGCUUCCUCUCGCGCUGCCCGGCAGGUUACCAGGUUGUUCUCUCCACCCCUGAUAGCCUGCCACUUGUGCACAGGACUGGUAUACGGGUCGAACCGGGCAUGCUUGUCAUCGUUGAUUUUGUGCCGCAAAAUUUUCGAGCCACUGACUGGCGUACGCUUAUUCCUGUUGACCAGGACUCCACCCCUCCUGCCACAGCCAGUAAUGCUUCUGCCCCCAGCAUCGCUCAACUGGAAGGGCUGACCGGUGCGGCUUUGGGACGCGAUGCAGGCACUGGCGGCUCCGGCCAUUCCGAUUCCGGCGAACCUUCCAGACACGCAGGGGCCUCACCCCCCCGGGAUGCGCUUUGGCCUCUCCCGUGCGGCGACGGGACCCGAUUGCAAAUCGCCAGCACAAAGAAUCUCUGUAACAUGGCCUUGGGUUUUAGCCUCCUGCAUGCGCCCGCCCUUGUGAUGUGCCAUCCCUGUGCCAAAGGCCUGGGUUGCUUCGCCUGCUAUUUGCACACUCGUGUGGCGCAUUCGCUUUGGCUUUGUCUCCAAGCCAUCGUCCGAGCGCUUUGCGUCUUUUGUCUGGGCCUCCUGUGCGCCCUCUGCUGUCCUGUGCGCGGACGGGGUGGGCCACUCGCCUUGCUAGUAGCAUGUGUGCUCUUUGCUCUUCUCCUGCCUGGCGCGCAAGCUGUGCAUCUUCCAGUACUGCCUAGGGCUUGUCUUGAACUGGAGGCUGCAGUGGUGCACCGACCUGUGCCUACCCCUUGCAGAGCCCUUCCUGUGAUGGCUCCCCCCCCUGUGCAGACCCCAUCGGAUUCCCACAGCUCUGUUGCCCUUGAUAAUGCCGAGCUGGAGACUCUCCUGGAAGAAAGCCUCCGCCAGCCGCAAUGUGAUGCCUUUUUCCUAGCGUCCACCUUGCUCCAGACUCUUGUCGAGCAUCUCCAACCUACUUGGGGACCCUGUCCCGCUCGGAGCGAAGCAUGUCGUGCAGAUGCUCCCGAUCCAUCAUACGACCCGGACAAUGCCGCCCCUUCGCAUGCUGCCCUGCCCCCCCUGUCGGGCUCGGGCCAUGGCACGGAAGUGUCGCGCGGCCAUCUGUCCCCCGUCCCGCUUUGUCUUUCUGUGUUACUUCCGGUGUCGGCCCCCCUCAGCUCCAAGCUGCCUGACAUGCCUCUCGUUUCCCGGCAGGAUGAGGCACCGGAGGUCAUAGUCGAUCUAUCUGAUACGACUCUUCUCCCACGUAGCCCGGGACAGGGGCCGGAGAUCUUCGACUUAGAUGCCCGAGCAUGCCAACUACCUGGUGGAACGGAUCUGCUCUUCGAUCUCCAGCAGGCCUUCCCCUUCUGCAGACUCCGUGGCCCUGCUUCGGACCUUCCGCGCCCGGAGCGUUUUGCCGGCUGGCUGCGGCAGGGUACUCCUGGCCGGAGUCCUGCACCUGGCGAGGCCCUACUUCUGACCACGGAUGGGUCUUUUUCUCCAGAUGGUCCCGUGGCGGGAUGGGCUGCCGUCCUCAGCCUCGUUCGAUCUGGUGAACCUUUCCCUGGCCAGUUCAUUGGAUGCCUAUCUGGCUCUCUUGCGCCCAUUGUUGCUGCCAUUGGCCCUUCCUUCGGUGACCUCGAUGCCUUGGCGGAGGUUGCUGGCCUCUUCUGGGCAGGCCUCUUGGCCUUUCGGCUGACCGGGAGCUACCAUGUCACUUUUCGCGCAGACAACCUUAGUGCCCUCCAUGGAGUGGCAGGCAAGGCCAAAUUGCGGGAACACCCGCUUUGCUGUGCGGCAGGCAAUGUGCAUAGUGCCUAUGGCCUACUCCGAGGGCCUGCGGCAUACGAGCAUGUCUAUGGGCAUGCACGGGAGCCGGCCAAUGAGCUCGCUGAUGCUCUGGCUGGAGUUGCUGCGCGCUCACCUGAUGUUCUACCUUUCCCCUUUCCCCUUGACAAGUGGUUCGGGGACCAAGGGGCCGCUUUUGCAUGGCUCCCGCACGUCUGCGCUUCGCAGCACUGGCCACAUGCAUUUCCCCGCAUCCGGCACGACGCCUUGACAUGGGGGCGGGCCGAACUCGAGUGCUCGUGGUCCACGUCCAAAAUUAUGCAACCACACCUCCGCAUCUGCGAAGGUCAAGCCACUGAAGGCGCUAGGGCACACGGAGCCGCUCUCCGUUUAGGCCUAGCCUCCUUCAAUGCCCUCUCCCUGCUAGAGGUUACCCCGGGCUCUCAUAGUGCCGGGUUACACGGCAGCACCGGACGUGUCAAAUUGUUGGCCGCAUCUCUACUAGACCAGGGAGUUGACAUAGCGGGUUUACAGGAGUGCCGCACCCCUCGAGGUUCCAUGGAUUGCUGUGGAUUCCGGCGUUUCUCCUCUGGUCGGGAUGAUGAUGCCUGCUUCGGGGUAGAGCUAUGGGUACACGAGAAGUCCGCCAUAUCUGGACAAACCAUCCUCGUCAUGCACGCCGAGCCAACUUUCCUCAUCGCGGGCCUUACUUUCUGCGGGCGCCCCCUCCGCUUCCUUGUUGCCCAUGCUCCCCAUAGAGCCCAUCCGGUUACGGUCCGCCAGGACUGGUGGAAGCGAGUUACGCACAUCUGCCAGACCUUCUCCCGUUCGGCCGCUUGGGUCCUUCUGCUGGAUGGUAACUGCAGGCUUGGACAUGUUGAGGGCCCAGGUAUCGGACCUCACCAUGCUGACUUCGAGGAUGAGGGUGGUGAACUCCUUCGCGCCCUUGCACUCGCACUGGACUGUUGGCUCCCAGCCACUUUUGAGGCCACAAUGCAAGGUCCAGGGGGCACCCUUUAUCAGCGGCGCAGCGGCCUUUUCGAUCGCUCAGAUUAUGUCGGCCUCCCGUGUGAGUGGCAACUCUCCUUUUGCUGUGCCCAGGUCGUUCCGGAAAUCUCGGCGGGGCACAAAUGUCUAGACCAUUUCGCUGCUGUUGUGUACUGUGCUAUGUGCCCUAGUAGGCCUGUCCGGCGUGCCCAGCAGGCUCCACGCAUAGACUCUGAGGCUCUGUGCCUGCCUGCUAAUCGUGCCUUGGUUGAGUCUAUUAUCAGCUCGGCACCCAUGCCCUCUUGGGACGUUGAUGCCAGCCAACACGCGGCGAUGCUCACUGAGCAUCUCUAUCAGGGCCUGGUUAGUGCUUUUCCGCGUCGGCGACGCCGCAUGCGAGGAGACCAUUUCUCGGAGACCACAGGAGCCCUUCAUCAAAGGGUGUCGGAACUCCGACGCUCCCUUCGAUGCCGUUCGCACAACCUGUGCCUCACUCUCCUGCGCUGCGCCUUCCUGGCCUGGAAGGCGCGGAUCUCCUUCUCCAACCUAUAUCAGGGCCGAUGGCUGUGGCAGCUUCAGAUCCUGCGGGCCUUUGACUGCUUCAUGUUGCACCGCCUGGGGCAGCAGCUCCGUGCAAGCUGUAAGCGAGAUCGGCGUGAUCGGCUCGCUGCCCUCUCGGAGCAGGUCGCCGUGGCACCCUGCGCCUCUCUCCACCUUGCUGUGCGCCGGAUCAUGAGACCCAAAAAAUUCCGGCGAUCCGGGCCCAUGCCACUGCCGAUGCUCAAGCGUGGAGAUGGCACCGUGUGCCAUACACACGAGGAGGUCCUUAAGGAAUGGCGCGAACACUUCCGGGUCCUGGAGGCGGGUUUGGAAGUCGAUGCGUCUGCGCUGGCAAGCAGCUGCCAUGAGCGCCAGCUCGCUUUCGAAGGCACUGAUCUGGUUGAGGCCAGAGACGUGCCCACUUGGCAGCAAUUGUGCGCGGCGUUUAAGUCGACAUCACCGCACAAGGCAUGCGGACCGGACCUUCUCCCUCCUGCCAUUUGCACAUACUUUAGCCAACCGCUUGCGGUGGCCUUCUGGCCAAUUAUGCUUAAGGCCGUGCUCAAGUCGAACGAACCAAUCGGCUUGAAAGGAGGCAUUGGGAUAAGCAUGUGCUCCCUCUUCAACUUGGCGGCAGAAAAGGAUGCCCGGGCCUUCCUUGCCUAUGCCAGGGCAGUGCGCAAGAGUGCUUCUAUCCUCUAUGUGGACAUAGCUGCUGCCUACUACGGGGUCAUCCGCGAAGCUGUCCUCGGUGCCCAGCAACAUAGUCGGCCGGUUGAGGCCUUGGCCCAUUCCCUGGGGUUGGCGAAUAGCGAUCUCCAGCAACUCCAAAGCUAUAUCGCAGAUGAGCCAGUGCUGCAGGAACAGGAGGCUGCGCCCCUGCUUACGGAGAUCGCCACAGAGCUGCACCAGAGCACCUGGUUCGUUCUGCAUGGGGACCGGCAGCUCAUUGAGACACAUCGGCAGGUUCUACAGCGACGGGAUCUUUCCUCUUUGCAGCCUUGGUUGCCACAGAUCCCCUGGCACGGUCAGCGGGCCCCUCGCCCAUCCACGGCAUCGGAUCAGGCUGCACAGGUUCAGGCUAGUGAUGUGGUCUACGCCGAUGAUUUGGCAAGCUUCCUGCUGACAGCUCGAGCCUCCGAGUUGCCUCGGGCCAUCUCCACUGCCACUGCGGAGACCAUCGAUACCUUUCUGCCGCAUGGGCUAAAUGCUAACAUCGGUCCUACAAAGACCGCUGCCAUUGCUGUGCCUACGGGGCAUGGAUCUCGUGCCGUGCGCAAAGCCCUUUUUGGCAGCGGCCAGGGUCAGCUCGCUGUCCUGCCAGAAACCAAGGGUGGAUUUAAGCUUGACCUUGUUCCAGCCUAUCGCCAUCUCGGUUCCUUUGUCACACACUCGGGAGGCAUGCUUAUUGAGAUUCGCCAUCGCCUCGCUCUCGGGCGUUCUGCUAUGCAGGAGGGCAAGCAACGUCUUUUCGCGUGCAGGCAGAUCCCCCUUGCCAAAAGGGCUGUGCUUUUCAAAAUGCACGUCCUCUCGUCAGUUUACUCUGGGAUUGGCACGUGGCCCAUUCUCAACGCACAAGAGUGGACUGCCUUCGCUGGGGGGUUGGUCAGCCUGACCCGACAAUUGUUAUGCCUCCGUCAUGAAGGUGGCUUUCGGUGUACCGAGUCACAGAUUUUUGCACGUGCGGGUCUUGCGCUGCCAGCGCACGCCCUUCACUCUGAGCGGCUUCGCUUUAUGGGGCAGCUUGUUACGCAUGGCCCCAAUUCGGCUUGGGCCCUCUUGUCCUGGUAUCCGGACUACCAGGAAGCGUUGAGCACCGCUUCGACUUGGCUCCUCAAUGCCCUUGGCUCCACCUGCCAACUCGGGCCCCUUUUGGCCGACUGGGCGUCCUGGGAGGCCGUUAUCCGCCAAAGCCCGGGCAAAUGGAAAGGGUAUAUUAAGAGGGCUGAGGCUUGGUACAUUCUUCGUAACGAGCAGCAAGCUGCCCUAGACACUUUCGUUCGGGCUGCCUGGCCCGCCCAUGAGGCCCUCCACAUAUCCGACCUCACCCGUUGUUCACAGGCGUGCCUCCCAUGCCGCAAGGGCUUUUGGACACGUCAACAGUGGGGGGCGCAUGCGCACAGAGCGCACGCCUACAAUUCGCGAGCCCACACCCUGGCAGAAGGGCGCACUUGCCAGGCCUGUGGCCUUCAGCUUGCCACCGCCGGCAAACUGCGCACUCACCUGCGGCUCACCCCGAUUUGUGUUCAGCGUUUGGAGGAGCUGGCAGCCUCUGGUGAGCUCAAGCCUGACCGCACUUCGGUGCACGUGCUUGCCCCUGCCAUCCCAGGUACUGGUAAGGCUGCCCUGGGCCCCCUGCAGGAGGAGGUUUUUCCUCCCUUGCUUGCUGCCUUAUCUGCCUUCGUGCCACCUGCAGCGGAUGUUGACCAGGCCAUCAUGGAUUUGGUCUCCUCCUUUAUCGCGCCCCUUCCUGUCCUGCGUUCAACUCUGGUACUCUGGUCCUCCGGGUUGACUCCAGGGCCCCUACAGGAGGCGGUCACAGAUGUCUUGCUCAUCUUGCACCCCCAGCAUCUGUGUGACACCGUCGCUCCUCUUCCGGGUGGUAGUGCAGCCCCUGGCUCUGUCUACUGCCCGAGCAUUGAUGUGCCCCACGUGAUCCCAUACCGCGCCACUGGUCGGAUCUUGGCCUUUGGCGCCGCUUCAGCCUGCCCGGGCUGGCUGACCCGGUAUGGACUGGAGGAUUGCAUCCAGAUCUCCCGUGGUUUCGCUGAGCUUGACUCGGAUCUCCUUGCUGAUUGCUGUGGAAUUUUCGUUGUCUUGCCUCCGCUGCCCGGUCCUGGACUCUCCCCCUUUGCGCCUGCAUCGUGCCCCAUUAAGGUGCUCAAGCGUCUGCGCCUCUGGACUGACGCAGCCCUGAAGGGGUUUGGCGAUGUUCUGGCUUUCGUGCGCACAUCCCGCCCUGCCUACGUUUCCUUGCCUGGCCCGGCAGCCUCCUUUGCGCCCCUCUCAGGAUGGCUUCAGGAUAUGGAAGCGGCUGCGGCAGUUGCGGCGCUCCAGGCUGCCUACCGCCGCCAGGUGGAGGAAAUGCAAGAGGCCGGGGACCCAAAAGCAGAGGCGAACAUGGGCUUCAGGGAGGGUUACAAUGGACACUAUGUGUCAAUCAGACUGGAUGCUGCGUCACUGGAGCUGGAGGUGGAACGGGUUGCAGCUUUGCUUCUGGCAUGCGAAGUUGCCAGUAGCACCCUAGAAGCCUCCGUUGGCAAAAUCGGGGGCCACAGGGGCUUGCAUGCCUUACAGAUGGAGAACUGCUGGCCCAUGAGUCUCAAGCUGGUCCUGUCGAUUGGUGGCGACCCCGAUGCUGUGGCCACAGAGAAUCGGUGGACAGCGCUCCACAUCGCCGCGACUGAAGGGCACACGGCCGUGGUACAGGCCUUGGUGGUCCUUCGCUGCAACCCCGAUGUUGGCACUGCACAGGGCCACACGGCCUUGGCCAUUGCCGUCGCCAGAGGGCAUCUGGACAUCGUCCGCACUUUGCUGGACGGGCAUGCGCGGCCCUGUGUCAGCGACGCGAAGAAGACGACGCCGCUUCAUCUCGCUGCAGUUCGGGGCGAUGCGGCCUUUGCUUCGCUGUUGAUUUCCGCUCGCGCGCCGUUGGAGGCAGCGGAUGGUGGUGGUUACACUCCUUUGCUCGUGGCCUGCGCGAAGGAGAACCGCUGGCCGGUGGCAGAGUUGCUGGUGAACUCCUCUGCGGAGCUUGGCGUUGCGACGCACGGUCAAAAGUUGUCUCCGCUGUUUCUGGUCACCGAGUGGAGCGAAGCUGCAGGCAGCAAAGCCGUUGAGACGCUCCUGGAGCGGAACGCAGAUGCUUCAGCCGUGGAUGUUUUCGGCUCAACAGCCCUCCACCAAGCCUGCCGCAAGGGUGCGGUCGAGGUGGUUGCUGCUCUUUGCCGUGGCGGGGCCCCGGUGGAAGCUCAGGACAACGAUGGGCACUUCCCUCUAGAGCUGCUCUGCGCUUGCUGCGCCAGAGCUCCAGAAGACCAACGCCUGGUGGAGGUGGCUCUACGAAGUAUACUGGAAGCCGACCCUGAGGCUGCUUGCAGGUUGGACUUCUCGGAUGCCUCUUCGCUGCACGUCCUCCUAAAUUUGGCUGGAGUUGAGAAGACGCUUCCUGUGCUAGCCGCCCGCGCUCUUCUGGAUGCGCGUGCGGACCCGACCACGGAGGAUGAGAGUGGCUUCACUGCUGCACACUAUGCUGCAAGGGCCGGCAAGUCAAAGGAGGACAGCGCCAAGCUGCUGGAGAUGCUGAGGACCGCCUCCGAAAGCAACAGAGAUUUUUGGCAAAGUCUGGACUUGCAAAAGCCUCGUGGCACAAGCAACGCCAAAUACCUCUCUCGUCGCGGCGGCCACCAUCGCAUUCCGUUAGAGGCGCGCGCUGCUGUGUUGAAUGGGAACUUCUCGCUGCCAGGGAUCGCGCAGCUGAUCGAAAGCAGGUGCAGGAAGAUUGUUGUGCUCCUUGGCGCUGGAGCAUCGACCGCAGCGGGGAUUCCUGACUUCCGCUCCGCCUCGGGUCUUUGGGCGCAGGCCUCCACGCGGGAGCUUUUCUCCUAUGAGGGCUUCUUCACAGAACCCGAGCGCUUCUGGCGAAAGACGGCGGAGCUUUUCAGCGACCGCAAGCCUACCAAGGUGCAUGCUCUGCUGGCUCAUUUGGAGCAGAACGGCAAGCUCCUGCGCGUGUACACCCAGAACAUCGACGGUUUAGAGCACGCUGCUGGCGUCUCGGCGGACCGUGUCAUUGAGUGCCACGGCACCACGAGUCGCGUCGUCUGCUCCAAGAACCGGCAGCAUGCAAUCCACGGGCUCACUGCAUCGGCAGCAGCGGGUCAUGUUGUGCAGGGCCACGCAGCUCCACGAUGUCAUUGCGGCGCCCUGGUUCGACCAGACAUCGUUUUCUUUGGGGAGCCUCUUCCACCAGAGUUCCACAGCUGUUCUGGCGAAGACUUGGCUACCUGCGACUUGCUGAUGGUCGUCGGCACGGCCCUGAGUGUCUAUCCUGUGGCAGGGCUCGUGAAUCGAGUCCCAGCGUUGACCCCCCGACUGCUUAUCAAUCGGGAAGAAGUGGGUCCCUGGAAGGGUGCACAGGGGAAUGUUGAGAACUACAGGGAUGUCUUCUUUGAGGGUGAAUGCGACCUUGGUGCAGAGCUUCUCGCUCGCGAACUAUCCUGGCCGUUGUGA